CCCUUGGUGGUGUCCACACAAUUAGAAUCAAGGCCAGCCCGGCAUCAGCACUCUUCUGCCCUGUCCUUGCCUGGUCUCCCCAUGCCUGCCACUGUCACCACAGCAGUUCCACUCUGCUUCCUCACCAUGUUCCACAGAGGCCUGUGCUCCCUUGCCCCUGUGCCUUGGCUUCUUUUUCUUCUUCCUCUUCUUCUUCUUCUUCUUUUUUUUUUUUUUCCGUAAAUCACCCAGAAGACUAUGUGACCUCUCACUACCAAACAUUUAAAUCCUUUGCAUCCCUCAAAACUCAGCUCAAAUGCCAGUUACCCUCUCUAGAAGUGAUAGCUUUCUCUUUCAACUCUUGGGUCUUUUUAAUAAUGUCAGUAUAACCAGCCAGCCCUGUGUUAUGUCAUCUUGAUGCUUACAUCCUUCUUAUGGAGUGGACAUUUCUCCAUGAAUGGGGCCCCUUCACUGCUGAUAUUAGCCCUGGAGGCUAAGGUGACCAUGUAUCCUGGUUUACCUUCCUACUUUAUGCCUGUUGCCCUGGUGUAAUUAUUAAUAGCCUCCUCUUUCACUCUGAAGUGCUCUGGUUUGGAUGAUAAGUACUGUGGUCACUUAUAAGCCUGAGGGUAUCUGUCCAAGUAGCUGGCACUUAGGAAAUGAGUCGACUUAGUAACUGUCGUGAACUGUCGUGAAGAAUAUGUCAGGGCCGUUUCUUAACCCAUUCCCUGGGGCUGUCAGUCCUGGCCUUUUCUCCAGCCUGAAGGCAUUUGUUUCUCUUCCUCUUCGCAGGGAAAGUAAUGCAGAAGGACCUAGUACCACUUGCUUUUUGACAAGCCUCUCUAGGACUGUAGAAUGUUCUGACCCAACUAGAAGUGGCUUACCCCAACUCUUCCCGUGUGUCUCAGCCCCUCAACAGUCAGACAGCUGCUGGAUGUUGGGAACAGGUAUCAAACGCUUGAGAAGGUCAUCUGGUCUGUAGGAUGAAGCCUUUGUUUCCAGCCUCAGCUGGAUUUGUGGUUUUGCCCAAUUUCUUUAACCAUCCAGCUUUUCAAAAUUACUUUCAUUUGUGCAGUUGCCUUAGGAGGUCACAACUUGGAAAGCUCAGAGCUGCUUUAUGACCAAACAUGUAAUUAACAUUCUAGGUAUGGCUCAGAGGUGAGGAAACACAUGGUCCCUUGCCCUUUUGCAUCAUAAGUUUUCUCAAAAGUAAGCCUGUCUGGCUGAGUGUUUGUCGACUUAUUUUUAAAGAUAUCAAGCAUUUGGAAAUCACAGCAGGCGAGAUGCCUGGCUUGGAGAAUGGAGCACCAGCGUCAGGAAGCCUGGGUCUUCUUUCUCCUUCUCCUCUGACUCACUGCUUUCUGGAGCAUGAAUCAUACGCCCUUUCUCGGCAUUGGGUCUCACUUCCUUCAUCUCCCCUAUAAAAUGGGCGGAUUUGCCAUUCUUACCACACAGGAGGGGGCUGAGGCUGUAAGAGGCCUUGAUAAUUAUACAAAAAAUAUUAUUAAGAACAAAAAUGUGCUGUCAGUGUGUUUCGGACUCUGGAGGGGCACACAAGGUGGGCAUGUGAGGCCAUUUUAGGGUCCUGCUUUUGUUUCUGGGACACCUCUGUGCCCUGAGAACAGCCUUUCAAAAAAUGGAAAUGGGCAGGAGAAUCGGUCUCGGAAUGGAGGUGGGAAUGAGUCUGGUCUGUCUGAGUGGAAGCGAGACUCACAGGAACAAUCAAGAAGGGGACAGAGAGCCAGAAUAAAAAGCUUACAGGACUCUUCCGUGGAGGGCUUUAAUGCUGGGUGGGGACAUUUGCACUCUCUUCCGAGGGCCAUGGGGGAUCAAUGGUCGGCACUGGGGUAGGGGCGUGGCACGAUCUGCAGUGUGUUUCAGUGAGACACAUCCCACAGAUGGAGGGACAGACUCUGGAGCUGGCAUCUGUCUCAUCCCAGUUUGCCUUUAAGCAAAUGGUGGUUCCUUUCCAUCUGAGUUUCUGCUUUCAUCUCUGUAAAAUAAGUGGUAAAAUGAUCCGGAAUAACUUUAACAUGCUGUGAUUCUGCAGUGAAAGGUCAUGCGCAAAUAGCCUGUGUGUGUGUGUGUGUGUGUGUGUGUGUGUGUGUGUGUGUGUGUGUAAGAGGUAAUUUCUCCGUUAGAUACAAAGCCAUGUCCAGCGGCCUUGUUCUUCAGGGAGGAAGCCUGCCCAGUCUCAAGAUCUCAAGUGGGUCUGAAGGACUUCCCGUGUGUCCAGAGCCCAGAGAUCUUUCUUCAAGCCGCAACACAGCACAUCUGUACUUAAGGCCUGGUCAGCAACCUCUGUCUAGACUUGUCUGCUGCCUACUUCCUAGUCUGGCUGAGACAGCUGAUGUUUGAACAAACUGCACUGAGAUUUGUGCUAGCUGGCUGUUCUUCAGGAUUCUUCAGCUCUCUCCUUAUCUUGUACUAGGUUUCUAGAAAACCUUAUACCAACCAGGACUAUGUGGCUCAGGGUCUCAGAACUCCAACUUAAAAGUGCAACUGGAUAAUGUGCUCUUGGCUUUUAUUGAGAUCCACUGUAAGUGUCAUAUUUUAAGAGGGACAUUAACCAGAUGAAGUGCAUCCAAAAGAAGACAUCCAAAAUGUCACUGGACUGGGAAACCAUAUCAAAUAGUUGGAGGGCCUGGGAAGAACUUGACAUCGGGGGGAUUAUGGGCUGAAGAAAUGUCAACAAUUGGGAGUUUUGAAGGAUUCCAGCCUGUGUCUCUGAAACAAGAGGGAGAUGAUCAAGCCUUUGAGACUGAUCACCUGUCUGCAAAGGAGGAGGACCCAGACACGCUCUCAGGUCCAAGGCAGAUAUCCAGGUUGCCAAGCAUGACUGAAUCAUCACUCUGCCCCAAUCCUUAUCACCGGCCUUAUAGCUCAAGGAAGUACUUCGUUACGUGGCCGGGCACCAUUGAGACUGCCAUGGAAGACUUGAAAGGCCACAUAGCCAAGACUUCUGGAGAGACAAUUCAAGGCUUCUGGCUCUUGACAGAGAUAGAUCACUGGAACAAUGAGAAGGAGAGGAUCUUGCUGGUCACAGACAAGACUCUCUUGAUCUGUAAAUAUGACUUCAUCAUGCUCAGCUGUGUGCAGUUGCAACGGAUUCCCCUGAGUGCUGUCUAUCGCAUCUGCUUGGGCAAGUUUUCCUUCCCUGGGAUGUCACUGGACAAGAGACAAGGAGAAGGUCUUAGGAUCUACUGGGGGAGGCCAGAGCAGCAGUCACUCUUGUCCCGCUGGAACCCAUGGUCCACUGAAGUGCCUUAUGCUACAUUCACUGAGCACCCUGUGAAAUACACCAGUGAGAAGUUUAUUGAAAUUUGCAAGUUGUCUGGGUUCACGUGUAAGCUCAUUCCAGCGAUCCGGAAUGCCCACAAGAAUUCCACUGGAUGCGAAGGAGGAAAGGGGUUGAUUGUGUUAACUGAACCCAUUUUGAUUGAGACCUACACGGGGCUGAUGUCAUUCAUUGGAAACCGCAACAAACUUGGCUAUGCCCUGGCCCGGGGAAGCAUUGGUUUUUGACACUCUCUUUGGAAGAUAAGUACAUCAUCCAUAGAUACAUCAUUAUUGAAAAUUCUGUUUCAGCGUACCAUAUUUUUUGAUUGAAACACUUACUUUUAAGUAGUAUUAACAUGAUUUUGAAUAUUUAGUAUCUUAGGAAAUAUAAAGCUUGAUUAGACUGAUAGAUGCACUCUUCCAAGCUCAUACAAGAAUAAGCACAUCUCCUAAAAUCAGAAAAUAAAUUGUCCUAAGCCCAUCAA